CACUACUAAGCACUAAACACGGCACAAUUUUUGUGACAAAAUAACAACUGUAGUAGGGGAAAAAUGAGCAGGAGUUGUACCAUCGUGUGUUUCUUUGCCACUUUUUACUGGGUCAGUUGUGACAUGGUUGAGAUUUUUCGAGACGAUUUCAACAGCGACGUUCUGAACGAUGCCUGGUGGCACAAGUACCCGCCCGGAGAGGUUGGAGGAGAUUAUUUAGAGCCGGACAAUCUGCGGCUGCGAAACGGUCAACUGGUGCUGGGCACGGGCAGCCUGCACAACGGUUCGAUAAUCCGACCGACGGGGACGCGGAUCAGCACGGGAGGAAAGUUCAACUUCACCUACGGAGAACUGAUCCUACGAGCCAAAUAUCCGGUUCCCAGCAAUCGCAAUGCUAAAGUCUGGAUCUUGUUGGCCCCGUGCAAAGACACUCCACAGCACAACUGCACCGAUGAAGAACUGCUGCCUGUAGCUGAAUUAGACAGCACGUCCACGGCCACUCAUCACCUCAAGAGCGUCGUCUUGUAUCCGGAUGCCGCCGGUAACGAGACCCGCACUGAGCAUCAUUUCUUUACUGAUGCGGAUCUGUCCACUGGUUACCAUCUCUUCAAGCUGGUGUGGACGCGCGAUUUCCUGGGCUGGUUCGUCGACGACACGAUGGUCUCCAAUGACACCGUGCCCGGACUGUCCAUGUGGCCGCGGCUGUUCAUAGUGAUCGCACUGAUGAACGAAGCGCAGUAUUCCCAGCCGGAUUUUCCUUAUAAGGAAAGCGAGGCGCCCUACCAAGAAUUACUGGUGGACUACGUGUCGGUCCUACAAUACACCAACGCCACUCGAUCAGACACCGGUUUUGCUGCAAAAGUGCUUUUAUGCAGCAUCAUUCCCGUGACCUUUAUCGCGUUAGCUGUUGCUUUCGUGUGGUUUCUUGGGAAGCGAAAGCGAGCGAAGCACGGGAACAUGGAGAAGGUCAAUCUGGCCAAUGGCUUGCACAUGAUGCUCAGCGGAUUAGCCAGUCCUCCGCUUUCUGAUACACAUGCAAAUACUGUGCAGUUGAACUCGGCGCAGCGCACUGGAUGUUUGGAAAUUCCCUUGGCCAGAGUGCAAUUAGAUACAGAUAGAAUUCUAAAUGAGAGCGUGAUUUGCGUUGUGCGAAAGGGGUUUGUCCAAGACCUGAACGGGGAGCGCAGUCUGACGGCUGUGGCGGCAAAAAGUUCAAAAGCCGCUCCUAAAUCAAGCCAACGUCGGCAACUGGAUGAAGAAGCGGAGAUUAUGACAGUCACCGGCCAACACAUGAAUAUAAUUCCUCUUUUAGGAGUUGUCCGCAAAGGCGAUCUGCUGUUGUUGUAUGAAUUCGCUGAAUUGGGGACGCUUUCCAGUUACCUGAAAGAUCAUCACGGUGUCUGGUUCUACAACCACGUCGAUCUGACCGGGGAACUGUUACCCUUUAACCAAGAAACGGCUGACGAACGGCAGCAGGCUGCACUCCGCAUUCCACCGGGAGAAGGUCAGGAGGGAUUCGAUCGGCUGCUCCUGUCCACGCGCAUUCUGCUACGCUUCGCUCAGCAUAUCGCGCAAGGCCUGGAAUAUCUCCACGCUCGCUCCAUCAUCCACCGCGAUUUAUCGGCAGAUAAUAUCUUGAUUUGCAACGGACAAGUGGCGAAAAUUGCCGGAUUCGGAAUGGCAAAGCAUGCGACGGAGUAUGUUGCACUUAAUGCGCAGGAAGCGCUGCGCACUCGUUGGAUGGCUCCAGAAUCGAUUAGUGAGGGGCGGUAUUCGGCAAACUCGGAUGUGUGGUCAGUGGGCGUGGUCAUGUGGGAAAUAUUUAGCCUGAGUAGGCUCCCGUACGGCGAUGUGGAAGCAGUUCAGCCUGACGAGUCCGCUUUGUGGGCAUUCCUGAAAAAUGGAUUGCGUUUGGAUAGACCGGCAGGUUGUCCUGGUUUUAUGUACGCUUUAAUGCGUGACUGUUGGAUGUGGGUGCCGGAUGAACGGACAAACGCUGCUUGUCUGUCUGCGGAGCUGCGGAGUGUCAGUGACAACUUUGCGGACCAGGCGUACCUUCGUCUCGACUACUGGAACGCACGGGCCGCUGAUGCCUCGGAUACAGGUUGAACAGGAUUUGGCGGGAACCCCGUGACCUUGUAUCUACGAUUCGGGAAUAACGUUUUCUACUUCGUUGCUCAGAUACGCUUCUUUAGUACCUUUUAGAGCACCGGCACUCUUUCGUAAAUUUCGUUCAAAACAAAACUGCCAUUUGCCAUAAACUGAUGGAGAAUUUUGGUAGAAUAAGCAACUGCAGUUCAGUACACAUUUUAUUCCGGUACGCUAAA